AUGAAGGCGGAGAUGAAGGAAAUAUCACUGGUUUCCUGCAUGAGAAUGACGACGUGCGACACGCAGUUAUCAAGAAGGCGUGGCACCAUACCUUUCAGGGCGGGAGCAGUGAGCAUCUUCUCUUAUUUGGUUCUUCUGGAGGGAUUGUCGACCUCUCUCCCUCGCACCCAAGUCAGAUGCAAAUUUUUAAGCUCUGGCAAGUUUAUCUGGACAAAUGUCAACCCCCUUCUCAAAGUCACACAUACACCGACCUUGCAAGCUCGUAUUAUCGAUGCUGCUAGCGAUUUAACUAACAUCAAGCCCACGUUGGAAGCACUGAUGUUUAGUAUCUACUCUAUCUCCAUUCACAGUCUUACUGAAGAUCAAUGCAGUGGCUUCUUCGGGUCCCCAAAGAAGGGUAUUCUAACAGGUUAUCAAAUAUCAUGCCAACAAGCGCUGGGGAACUGCGAUGUAUUACAAACCUGUGACUAUGAAUGCUUGACGGCAUUAUACCUCUAUCUAGUAAGCAAAUGGCCCCCUUUAGAAGCUGAGAGACGCCGAAGACUAUGGUGGUCACUUGUGAUCUUCGAUAAUCGCAUAUGCGAAAUGUCUGAUUACGGAACCACUUCUUUAAAUCCUUCAUGGGACUGCAGAAUUCCUCUCAAUGUGAAUGAUUCAGAGCUUCAGCCAGAGAUGAAGGCCUCACCGGCAAUAGCAGACUACAACCCAUCAGAGAUGAUUUUUGUAGUUCUACGCUGCCGGCUGGCUAACUUCAUCCGCUAUAGUGCCUUCCAUAUCGACUUCACUAAUCCGUGCUUCAACAAAAUAAUGACAGCUAGGUCUAGCCAUGUAGAGGAGGCACGAAAAUUAGCAGACCUAGAAAGGCUGAUAGAAGAGAAAUAUCUCGCAUCCUGCAAUUCAGAGAACCCCUUUCACUAUAUGACAAUCUGGACAAUACGUGGCUACUUCGCGAAGUAUCGUCUCCUGCAACACUAUACCCUGAACACCGAGAAGCAACCAGACCCUCAGCAUACCAUUGGUGUCUCCUAUGCUCUACGUAUGCUAGAGUGUGAUACAAAUCUUAUGGCCUCGCCACAUAUUAAAGGUUACCUCUGGCUUGUUCACUUUCACUUCCCUCUCCUUGCUUAUAUUCACCUCCUUCAAGAUUUGAAAAGACGGCCUGUCGAAAACCACGAUACGGCCUGGAAGGCCAUGACCCAUAACUAUAUGUUACGCAUAGCGGGUUCAAACCAAGAAAAACACAGGGACUUUUUUCUUGUUUUUUCUAGGAUAGUUCUUCAAGCCUGGGAGGCAUGCGAGAAUAGUGCUCGAGAAAAGGGUAAGAUACUAAUAACUCCAGAUAUUGUGCUGGAUAUCAAGCAAAAGAUUAUACAAAUAACAACAAAUUUCUUGGGAAAUACUGGCACGGCACAGAGUAACGAGUCAAACACUUUUGAUGAUGAUAACAAUGAGAGGCUGGGGUUUAAUUUGGAUUCAUUGGAGUACUCUGAUUUAUUCCAAUUAAAUACUAUAGAGGAGCUUUUAAACACUAACUAG